AUGAAGAUCGCCGCGCAAAUUCUACGUGAUCCGUUGCUGCGUAAAAUUUGGUUCGAAGAUCUCAAGACCAUGAGCAAUCGAAUCUCGUUGAUGAGAACGACGCUUUACAACCUACUCUUUCAGAACUGGGCAACAGAAAGGUGGGAUCAAAUUGUACAACAGUCAGGAAUGUUCGGAUUCCUUGGCUUGACGCUCGGCGUCGUCCUCCAAUUAAGAGAGCGAUAUCACAUCUACAUGGCGGAUAAUUCCCGUAUUUCUAUUGCUGGACUCAACGAAUCGAACGUUUAUAUGUCGCCCGAGCAAUUACUGAAUGUUUACAAGCUGCGAGCCAAACCGAAAUGUAGCCACUGGCCUUACAUCUAUAAGCAUAAUGCGACAAAAAUGGCCUAA